AUGCCCCACACCAGGCUGCUGCUCCUCCUCACCCUCCUCUGUGCCACUGAGACCGGACGGGCUCUCCACCUCUACAAUGCUGCCUCCAUCUUUAGCUGCCUCAACGCAGCCCUUGCUGAAGCCCAGAAGGGCCUCCCAGAGGAAAACACCAUCUUGGACAAGCGCAGCUUCGACUCCCCAUCACCAGAAGAGACUUCUGAGGACGAGGAGGGGGAGGAUGCAGUGAAUGAAGAGAUGGGGAAAAGGACGUUCCCAGGGGAAGGCCAUUACAAAUACGUCUCCCAGGCACAGGUGAAGGGGAAGACAUACCAAAACCGAGCCAAGAGCGACCGCCGCACCAAGGUCACCCUCUCCCUCGACGUCCCUACCAACAUCAUGAACAUCCUCUUCAACAUCGCCAAAGCCAAGAACUUGCGGGCAAAGGCCGCCGCCAAUGCGCAUCUCAUGGCCCAAAUCGGGCGGCGGAAGUGACCCCCCGUGGGGCAGGGGGGGACUCGGAGAAGGGCUGGCUGUGUGGGGCCACCACCCGGCCCAGACUGCCAGCCAGAGGGGACUGAUGGCCAUGUAUGAUAUCAGUGUUGUAUAUUUUUGACCCAUAGAGCUACCUAACUUUCAUAUCUCUUCUUCCUCCUUCUCUCCUUCCUGAUCAAUUCCGUCCCUCCUCCUGGACAUUUCCAUGAGUGGGGAAGAGGCUUCUGUCCGCAGUAGGACAAGGGGACGUGUCACCUCGGGAAGGACCCUAA